GCUGAAAAAUAGGCAAACCAAAUCCCAACAUCUUCCUAAGCCACGUCAGUUUGCCCAUUGACAAGUCUAAAAUUGCACUUAAAAUAUUGUAAGCUUGUAACUAGAAAACAAGUGGUUGGUUUAAAUUGGCCAUAAGCAGCAAAGAGUUCACAUGUGCUCCAAUCAUUCACUAAUCACUAUCCACCAUAAAUCACUAUAUAACAUUAUCAAGUUCUCAGAGAGAUCCUUCCAGCCUGAAUCCUAUUGAGGAGCUGACAAAAUGGCCGGAGUUUCCAUUCCAACCGCGGAUGUAUUGCUAUCAAGGCGUGUCCAGGAAAUGGUUCUCAAAGGUGAAGAGCCACCACCACUCUAUAUUUGCAGAGACGAUGAUACUGAAGAUGUUUCUUCUGCCUUAUCUUCAAUCCCUGUCAUCGACCUCAGUCUCCUCUCAUCUUCGGCAACAAUCUUUGAACAAGAAGAAGAACUACAGAAACUUAAAUCAGCACUGUGUUCAUGGGGCUGCUUUCAGGCAAUAGGACAUGGCAUUUCAACUUCGUUUCUAGACGAGAUACGUCAAGUAACAAGGGAUUUCUUCCAGCAGCCAAUGGAAGAGAAGAAUAAGAUUGCUAAAGGAGUUAAAGACUUUGAAGGGUACGGAGCUGAUCCUGUCCCAGAAGAAGGUCAGUCUCUUGACUGGUCCGAUCGCUUGUUUGUUGAUGUGUACCCAGAAGAUACAAGGAAGAGCAAAUUUUGGCCAGAAAGCCCAGCAGCCUUCAGAGAUGUUCUAGAAGAAUACACAGUCAACAUGAAGACAUUCACAGAGAUUGUUUCCAAAGCCAUGGCAAAAUCAUUGAGUUUAGAAGAAAAUUGCUUCCUGAAUCAGUUUGGUGAAAGAGGACUUCUGCAAGCACGUUUCAACUACUACUCAUGUUGUGAAAGGCCUGAUCUUAUUUUAGGCCUAAAGCCCCAUGCAGAUGGAUCAGGAUACACCAUCAUUUUGCAAGAUGAUGUAGAAGGCCUUCAAGUCCACAAAGAUGGGAAGUGGUUUACCGUUCCGACAAUCUCUCAUGCUCUCCUUGUCCUCAUGGGUGAUCAAAUGGAGAUAAUUACUAAUGGAAUGUUCAAGAGCCCUGUACAUAGGGUACUGACCAACUCUGAGAGGGAGAGGAUUUCUGUGGCUAUGUUCUAUACGCCUGAACCGAAAAAAGAGAUUGGACCUGAAGAAGGAUUGGUCAACCAGGAAAGGCCAAAGUUAUUCAAGAAGGUGAAAGGCUAUGCUGAUACACACUGGGAAUAUUACCAGCGAGGAGUGAGAGCUCUUCAUGUCGCAAAAGUCUAGAAUUGUACUAUCUUAGUCUUGCGUGCUUUAUGAACAGAUAAGGCAUUUCACCUAUGUUACUUCAAUGGUAAUCUCUGUCCUUUAUGUAAACAAUUUGUAGACUCCUUAUUCCUACUUAUGGCUUGGCUGCACGUUGGAGAUAUGCUUAAUGUUAAUACUUAGAACUUUGAUCUGGAUAAUUGUAAACUAGUGUGGAACAACGUCAUGUUGUUUCUUCGUACAAUUAUGGUUACAACAAUAUAUUUUCAGUAUUUGUUUUGUGCA